GCUGCGGAGGAGGGCGCAACGGACGAGAUGGAUGCGAAGCCGGAGUCCAAUGAUGUGAUCGAACCAGAUGAAGCAGGAGUAAGGCUAGAUGAGGUGCUAGAGUCGAGCGAUGACAGCGACAUGGGCAUAGAUUCGGAUGCUCCCGAUGAGUCUAAUGUGGGAAUAAGGUCGGAUGAUGGGGUAGGCUCGGAUCGCGGGUUGGACGAUGAGGGCGUCGGCUUGGACGAUGGGUUGGAGGACGAAGGAGUGAAACUAGACGAGGGGGAGGAGUGCGAAGCGACUGCGGAGGAGGAGGAUGGGGUGGAGACAGAUCGACGAGAAGUAGCCUCGGUAGAAGCGGAAGGCUCGGACUCCGAGGCUGCAGAGCGGGAUGAAGGCGGAGCAGGGGCAGAGUCCGACGAGAAGGGCGGACCAGCAGUCGCAGAGUCCGAGGACGAGGGCGGAACAACAGGGGCAGAGUCCGAUGAGGAGGGCGGCAAAGGGGAGGUGUCAGACGCGGAGGGCGGCACAGGGGAGGUGUCUGACGAGGAGGGCAGAGUGACAGAGGAGGAGUCGGAUGCAAAGGGCGGGACAGGGGAAGAAGUCGAUGCGGAGGACGGCACAGGGGAAGACAUCGACGAGGAGGGUGGAACAGGGGCAGAGUACGAUGAGAAAGGAGGCGGCACAGGGGCAGAGUCCGAUGAGGAGGGCGGCACCGGGGCAGUUCCGGACGAGGAGGGCGGACCGACACAGGAAGAAGAGUCGGAUGCAGAGGGCGGGGCAGGGGAAGAGUCGGAUGCAGAGGGCGGGGCAGGGGAAGAGUCGGAUGCAGAGGGCGGGGCAGGGGAAGANGAAGAGUCGGAUGCAGAGGGCGGGGCAGGGGAAGAGUCGGAUGCAGAGGGCGGGGCAGGGGAAGAGUCGGAUGCAGAGGGCGGGGCAGGGGAAGAGUUGGAUGCGGACGAGGGAACAGGCGAAGAGUCGGAUGUGGUUGAAGGCACAGGGAGGGGAACAAGGAAUUCGAAAAUGAAGGAGGGGAAGUGGAGGGCGGAGAGGCUUGAUGAGGCUGUGAUGAUACCAGAUAGCCGCUACGGUGUCUCUGGGUAUGGAGAAGCUCAGGCAUGGAGGGUGAGGAAGGAGAGGGAGGAGGUUGAGAAGAGACAGAAGACAGAUGAGAAGUAGGAGGAAGGGGAAGAGGAGAAUCGUUGGCGAAGGAGAGGGAGGAAGAAGAAGAACUGAGAGAGGGAGGGAGGGUACUGCCAUCAUUGGCAUUGAUUUCCGCUGGAGAUCGUACCCCGAUUGAUCGGCCAUAACGUCCAUCCGCAAGCGCUAACAACAUAAGCGUCAGGACGACGAGGACAAGGAUAGUCAACACUGAACGCACAAUCCGUGGGGAGUAAUUACUCCUGUCUGCUAUCCAAUUCGGGGAGGAGGCAGCCAUGUAUAAUGAUGAAAGAUCAUCACCCCCCCGAUAAUCUCGACAACGAAAGCAAACGGGUCUGUCGCCAAUGCCACCCAUAUAAGUGGUCGCUGCCUCCAUUCGCGCACAUCGCCCCGUUCUCUGAACAGCCUUGAUGAGGGCACCUCCACCUCCACCGCCACCCUAUGCAGCACACACACCCACCAACACCAAUAAUGAAACCAGUCUGCGAUG